AUGGAUUCAAGUUCUUCUUCGAGCACACCGAGUACUUUGACGACGACCAUUCUACCUGAUGUCGUCGAAGAACUUUCAACAACGAAAACGAGCACGCCGAGAGAAUCAACUGAAAGUUCUACGAGUACGGAGCGUGCGGCGACGUCCAUGUCUUCUGAAAGCACGGAUUCAACUCUAUCGACAACAUCGGACGAAUCGAGUACAUUGUCGGAGCGUCCAUCGCCUUCCACACUAUCAACUACCAGUACCUUCACAUCCGAACCAACAACGACGGAUUCUAACUUCUCCAAACAAACGAUUGCGUCAGAAACGUCACCACAGUUCACUUCUUCGAGAACGCUAUCGUCUACAACCGCUCAACAAGCAUCCGAAGCCACAUCUGAAGAGUCAACUGCCGUCACCGCUUCGGAUGCCACUCCUUCUACCCACUCAACACAGUCAUCGAGUGAGGACGGAUCAACUUGGACAGAGUCAUCGGAAACUGAUAGUUCUGAGCGAACGACAGGGCCCAGUUUGAAGUCGUCGACAACUACUGCAAAGGCAACGGCGGCCGACAGUUCUCCGACCACUCUUAAUGCUACGACAUCGUCUUCUGAAACAAUCUCAUCCACAUCCGGAGCAUCGGAAUCGGCAACGUCUCGAAACGCGACCGUAUCCGACCGUUCUUCGACCACUCUCAAUUCUACUACAUUGUCUUCUUUCGAGCCGACAACUGAAUCUGCAGUUUUCAGUCAGCACACGGCAUCUACUGAAUUCAGCAGUUCCUCUCUUCCGUCAUCUGAAACUGUUUCUGAACCGUUUUCGAUGUCUGAUGGCACUACACAGUCAACUAGCACAAUUGGUGAAUCAGGGACGGCAUCGUCUCGUGGCAGUACUGUCAGUUCGAGCGACAAUACCACACAGUCAAGUGGAUCAUCAAAAACAGAGAGCAUGGAAACGACCGCAUCGGGGGCCACUCGAACAUCGGCACAAACGAACACUUUCGGAAGUUCUAUGAUGAGUUCACAGUCAUCAAGCAGUUCGUUGAAGACCACUACACCCGCAUCGACAGUUUCGUCAAUGCGAACUACCGUGAAAGCGACUAGUGGGACUUUCUCAACAGCGUCUGCUUCAAACACGAGACGCCAAUCCGUCACGGACCAGUCGAGUACGACUCCCGCUCCGUCUUCGACAACAAUCAACUGGCCAACCGGCGGCACCACACGGAUCCUUCCGUCCGGAGAAAUUGUAUGCGAUUUAGUUCGGUGCCCUUGCACACUUUUCAAUUCAUUUCAGAUCAUCUCGGAAUCGCUAAUCGCCUACAACAACUGCACGACGGUCCUCUACCAGCUGCUCUACAAUCCGGCGACGAACACCACCCGGACAGCAGUGACCACUGAUCCGAACGGGUGUGAAACAACCACUUCCCUUACCAAUUCCUCCUCGACGACCCUUGAACCGAGCUCCACGACAGUGUUCAACUGGCCAACCGGCGGCACCACGAAGAUACUCCCGUCCGGGGACAUAGUAUGGCUGAUGAUCUUCAAAUCUUGUCAUCCGAUCCGUUUUCAGAUAAUCUCCGAAGCGCUGAUCGCCUACGAGAACUGCACGACGGUCCUUCUUCAGCUCAUCUACAGCCCCGUCACUAACACGUCUCGCACCGACGUCACGUCUGACGCGCAAGGAUGUGUAAGCGAUUUCCAGAAUGUCCGUCCGGAUGGCUCGGUUUCAGAAGGCGUCUUCUUCCGUGACAAGCGCGAUAAUCGACACGACGACUCCGAUUCCGUUCUCUUUUCCGGAGAGCAAGACCACUCAGAUACUGCCUUCCGGCGAGAUUGUGAGCCAUCAUCGCGCACGGUUUUUCAAUUUCAAAUUAUCAUUUGGCGUGCAAAAAACGUCUCGAACGUCGUCUUUUCACAAACAUUUCAAAAAAAUUCGCGUCUCAUCGCAUCUCAAUCCACGCCUCUUUUGGUCAUUUCAGAUACUGUCCGAGUCGCUGACUGCCUAUCAGAACUGCACGACGGUCCUUCGACAGCUCAUCUACAGUCCGAUUAGCAACACGACGAGGAUCGCCACGACUUCCGAUCCUGAAGGAUGUGUGAGUCUAGACGGGAUUGGAAUGUGUCCAUGAACUGGAUUCCAGAAAGCCGCCACCGCAACGACGACGUCGAAGAAGGCAUCCGUCGAGUGCUCGUUCCCUCCGAUCGAUCUGAGUCACGCGAAACGACCGACGGCUGCAGAGCAGAAGGACGCCUACUCGGUCGGCGAGAAGCUGUUCCAUCUGUGCGAGCGUCCGUACGUCAUGGAAUGGGCGAAGCAGCCGUUGAGAGUGUACACGUGCAAGCCGAAUGGACAGUGGAGCGGCGUGUUCCAGAAGUGCAUCAGUGAGUUCGAGUUCGGCUGUCAUUUGAUGUGCAAACUUUUCAUUUCUUUCAGAUCAACGACCGGGAACGACCGAACUCCGAUAA